AUGGUGGAUGAUGGAAUUGCUUAUCCUGUUUUGAGUUCCGACUGGGCAACCCAACUGGUUGUUGUGCCCAAGCCUACAGGAGUUAGGCUAUGCGGGGACUUUAAGGCAGCUAUUGAUGAGAUAAUUAAAAAUCUUCCCGGUACGGUAGCGUACCUUGAUGAUGUCUUGAUUGGCGGACAUUCAUACCCUGAAGCAGUGUCUAGGUUGGAGCAAGUUCUUCAACGCUUCCAAGAAUAUGGAGUGAAGAGUGACCACCAGCCGUUGGCUACUAUCUUUGGCUCAAAGCGAGGAACUCCAAGCCUAGCCGCAGCGCGCCUACAGAGAUGGGCCCUGAUUUUGGCUUCGUAUGACGUCGAAGUGAGAUAUCGCAAGGCGUCUGAUGUGCCACAUGCCGAUGCCUUAUCCCGGUUUCCGUUACCGGCAAGUGAUUCACUGGAACUGGAAAACAACUUUAUCUCGCACACUCAGGAAUGCGUGGAGGUACUAAACUGCUUCAGCACGUGUACGAGUAAUGCAGCUCCAAAAGUCCCUCUCCAACAGUGGCCCCGUGUGUAUGGCAGAUGGCAACGGGUGCACAUAGAUUUCGCUGAAGAUCCUAAUUCUAGGCAACAAAUGUUAGUACUAGUAGACAGUUUUUCCAAGUGGAUCGAGGUGUUUGUUAUGAAAUCUACUAGUUCUCUCAAGACCAUUGAGCGUCUCCGUUCACUUUUUGCAUCGUAUGGGCUUCCGGACACUCUAGUAUCUGAUAAUGGCCCUUCUUUUACAAGUUUUGAGUUCAAAGAAUUCUUAAAGAAGAAUGGAGUAAGGUUUGUCUUAUCACCUCCUUAUCAUCCUGCAUCAAAUGGUGCUGCUGAGCGGUGCGUUCAAGAAGUGAAGAAGAACCUGUCAGGCAGGAGAAAAGUGAUUGGGUACCUGGAAAAAUUCUGGAGAUAA